UUUACUCGUCGCUGAUAUUGCCCCACCACCUGUUUUUUUAGUCAACUUCAAAAUGUACGGGGUUAAUAUAUAGGCUAUACUAAGCAACUUUUACUAUAGGACCAACCCCAAAAUCGCGAUUUUUUUUAUCUAUUUCAUACAUUUUGGCUGCACUGUUGUUGAGAUUUGGUAUGGGAGAGUCAAUUUUUUUUUUCGAUUUCGGGGUUGGUCCUAUAGCAAAAGUUGCUCAGUAUGAGCUAUAUAUUCACCCAGUAAAUUAUUACAGGUUAUUAAAAAAAACAUCCAUGUAAUAACUGUAACAGCCAAUGAAAACCUGUUUGAAAUUAGAAUCUGUUGUACAGUCAUAUAAAUUUGUAUACAUGGGGGUACCUUUUCUCUGCAGCUGACUGUACAAGAACAAUAUAAGUAUUAACAAGUAAAUAAUGCGUGAUGGGAAGACAAUGCUCUGCGCAAUUCUACCUUAUUGUUUUAUUUUUUACUAAACUACUCUGCUAAACGAAACAUUGAAUCUCCAUAUUUCCAUGACUACCGUGACGGUGACAUCACCUUUGACGGAAAUCGUACAUGGUAAAUUUGCUUUCAGUUUUAGCUUUUGAAACUGACUGGUUGGCUGGUGUUGAUCUCGUUAUAAAACACGGUUUAAGUAGGUAACUACACAACUAGGAAAUAUUGGAAAUUUUUGAAGUACUGGCAAAUUGCUAAUAAAAAUAGAAUCUGUUUCGUUUUUGAUGUUACGUUAGCGAUAUAAGAUUUGGGAUUUGUUUUUACGAUAUUACAGCAUACUUAAUCACAUCAUAUCAAAUGAGGCAACAAAACCUCAUCUCACGAGUAGUUAAAGUCAAUUCCCAGUGAAAUUUCAUCAUCGUCAGUCUAACGUGGCUUAAUAAGUGAUCCUCGAGGGCCGUCCCCGGGCGGCUGGUCCAGAGAGAUGCUGUGCGUCUCACCUCUAAAGGCAUCCCUUACCCACGCGCCGCCGCGCGGUCUCUAAGGGAAACCUCGUACCGACCUUCCAUUAGACAACUCGGCAACGCUCGCAUCGCACGCGAAUAAACCUUACAAAUCUUUUAAUAACAAAAUAAUAAAUACUAGCUCGUUUUUAUAUCAAAAAACAAUACUUGAUUAGUAUUUCGAAUUUCCAAUUGAUAUAGAAAUGUGGCGCCACCUAGGGCAGUCGCGCCGUCCCGCUCGUAAGGCGAGGGCGUGUCCCCUGGGCGCCUCCCCCAGGGGGACGGGGGCUCCGCGGCAGGCACUCGGCGCUCUCCCGCGACGCUUGUUAGUGUUCCGCAAAUCCACAGCGGGAUCGCCCGUACAACCGGGACUCGAUCCCCUAGCGCACAUACGAUAACGAAUCCUAGCUGUCAUUUGCAAACUUUACACUAGCUAUUUUGGGCUCACGUGCAAUAUUCUCUAUCUUUUCUAAGUGUUUUUGGAUUAGAAUUUAAGCAAUAUUUCGGGUUUUCUAAAUUUUUAUUGAAGUUUGAAGAAUUAUGCAACGGACAUUAUAAAAAUUCCCAACCACGUAAAAACAUAUACUCUUAAUUUUAAACUUGUCUCGCAAAGAAUCCGUUCGCAAAUUCAAAAAGAUUCGAUUCGCAAUUCAAAAGCGGCGCGCUAACCGUUCGUGCGGGUCCGGGAGUGUUCGCGGGUGGUUCGGGCCGGUUCGCGAUUCGGUCGGACGAGCUGAACGCGGCGGCGGGCGGGUACUCGGGCUCGCCGUGGCCGCCGCUCGAGCUCGACCCGGUGGGAUGGGGACGGAAGCUGUACCCGCCGGCCGCGCCGAGGUCUUCAGGAGGCCUGAUGUUCGGCCUGCACCACCAGGACGCGGGCGGGCUGCACGCGCAGCCGCGCGGCCCCGUCACCUCGCUCAAAGAAGAGCCACUCACGCGCGCUUGGAUGACGCCCAGCUCACUAGUUGACAACACCAAUACCGUGGGCGUCGGGCGCGCACACUUCGAGAAGCAGCCGCCGAGCAACCUGCGCAAGAGCAACUUCUUCCACUUCGUGGUGGCGCUCUACGACCGCUCCGGACAGCCUGUCGAAAUCGAGCGCACCGCCUUCAUCGGCUUCAUUGAGAAGGACCAGGAAGCCGAAGGCCAAAAGACAAACAACGGCAUCCAAUAUAGGCUACAAUUACUUUACGCUAAUGGUAUCAGACAAGAGCAAGACAUAUUUGUUCGACUAAUAGACUCUGUGACCAAACAGCCAAUAGUGUAUGAAGGUCAGGACAAAAACCCCGAGAUGUGCAGAGUUCUACUAACACACGAAGUUAUGUGCAGUCGGUGUUGUGACAAGAAGAGUUGUGGCAACAGAAACGAGACUCCAUCAGAUCCUGUUAUUAUAGAUAGAUUUUUCCUGAAGUUUUUUUUAAAGUGCAAUCAAAAUUGUUUGAAGAAUGCCGGCAACCCUAGAGAUAUGAGAAGAUUUCAAGUGGUAAUAUCAACGCAAGUGAUGGUCGACGGUCCGCUGCUGGCGAUAUCGGACAACAUGUUCGUCCACAACAACAGCAAGCACGGCCGGCGCGCCAAGCGGCUCGACCCGACUGAAGGUAUUGACGCCGCAUCCGACACCACUUCGGGUCUAUAUCCCCCGCUGCCUGUGGCGACUCCGUGCAUAAAAGCGAUUUCACCCAGUGAGGGGUGGACGUCAGGCGGCUCAACGGUCAUCAUCGUAGGGGACAACUUCUUCGAUGGAUUGCAGGUCGUUUUCGGGACGAUGCUGGUUUGGAGUGAGUUAAUAACGUCGCACGCGAUCCGGGUGCAGACGCCGCCGAGACACAUACCUGGCGUCGUGGAAGUGACGCUAUCGUACAAGAGCAAGCAGUUCUGUAAGGGGGCGCCGGGAAGAUUCGUUUAUGUUUCAGCGCUGAACGAACCGACGAUAGAUUACGGGUUUCAGAGGCUACAGAAGCUCAUACCGAGGCAUCCUGGCGACCCGGAGAAGUUACCGAAGGAAAUAAUCCUAAAAAGAGCAGCAGACUUAGCAGAAGCGUUAUACUCCAUGCCCAGAAACAACCAGCUCGGUCUGGGCGCUCCUCGGUCGCCACCAGCCAGCAUGCCUUUCAAUUCCUACACGGGCCAGCUAGCUGUUAGCGUCCAGGAUACGGCAGCAUCGCAGUGGACUGAAGAGGAGUACGCGAGGAGCGGCGGGUCGGUGUCUCCACGGUACUGCUCGGCCGCGUCUACCCCCCACGCCGCGUCCUACCCGCACCCUCAGCACUACCCCGCACCGCCGACGUCGCUCUUCAACACUACCUCGAUGUCCCUGGGCCCGUAUCAUCCGGCGAACCUGAAUGGACAUUUAUCAUCUGACCAUCACCACUAUAACGCGUAUAACACGAAAGAUAGCGGGCAUUACAGUGAAAGAAACGAGAAUUCAAAAAGCUCGGCUGACUGUCCGGCAAACACUCAUACAAAAUGCACCGCGAGCGAUAUGAAAGGGGAGGAGAGUAAAGAGACUAAGCUAAGGAGCGCCUUUGCGGUCGUCAGGCAGAGUCCGCCGCGCGCCGCCAAUUUUCAACAUCAUCAGAACUGGCAACAUCUCGCCGUUCAGUGAAUGGGAGGUCUAGUAUCAUCGCCUUUUAGUGUAAACCCCUUCUCGCUGCCGACGUGUAGCGCGCAACAGUACGCGCAACAGGCGCAACUAGCCUCCAAGUAACCCAACCUGUAAUACUAAAACGCACCCUGUAACGUAAAUAAUGGUCCAUAUUUGUAACGUCGCCUGUUACAUCGCGUACUUGUUAUACCCAAAUAGUAAUCUGUAAAUUGAUUUCAAUCGAGGACUUUUGUAAAUAAAAUUGUAUAUUAUAUGUAAAUAGUAGAAUAAUCAACUCACACUUAUUAGUUUCUUUGCUAGAUCAGAAAAAACAAUGUAGAUUUUAUAUAAAUAAAAACAGAUGCCCGAAGUAAAAUUAAGUCAAUAACCUGCUCAAGUCUCGGGCACCGCAUCCAGAAUACCAGAAAGAUUGUAUCGUAUGUCUUGUUUUUGUAACAUCUGUGAUAUAUUUAUUGUAAGAAACGUUGUAAAUUUUGCUGUAAUCCAUGUAUAAAUUUUCUUAUUAUUAGAACUAAUUUCAAUUCAUGGCUUUAGGUUUUGUGAAUGUGACUUCGUGAGUAAAUCUUAAAAUACUAUUCGGUAGGUUUAUUUCGUGACAUUUUUCUAAUCGUUUAUUAAUGCAAACAGUCUCGUCGUUAAAAAAAAAAGUAUUCUGCGAGAAAAAAUAUACAACAAAAAUUGUCUACUGAGUAAACCUACAUGAAUGUUGAUCAUAUCUAUAAAUCGAAACAAAACAUAUCCUGUUUGCUAAUGUAUCCACAUAAUGGAAUUACGGAGCGGUAAAAAAAAAAAACAACGAAAAAGUCUAAGUUGAGGACAAUGUAUACGAAAAAUAUAAUUUUCCUUUAGAGCUCCUGCAGUGUGGGAGAUUUUCAUGGAUUUUCUUUCCGAAUAAGAAAUAAGUAGUCACGUAUAUUGUUUAUCUGUAUCGAGUAAGAUUUGUACAUUGUAAUCGUUCAGGAGACAAAUUAUCACGAAAUACAAAAUUAAAGUUAUCUAUACUUACACAA